UCACUUCCUGGAGGCGUGCCGGACCGAGGGGAGACCCUGGCGACGCGGCGUCCGCAUCAGGAGCGGCAGCAGCCCCGGUGCCGUGAUGGCGGCUGAGGGGCGGCCGGAGAAGGAGCAGCAGCAGCAGCAACAGGAGGCGGAGCCCCUGUGUUCCCUAGGCCUCGGGCAGCGGCGGACGAGGACUGCGGCGGACGAGCCCUGAGGCGCCGAUGGGGAGCCGGAGCGGAGCGGGCGGCAGAGGAGGCGGAGGCGCCACUGGUUCCACUUGUGUUCCGAUUGUUGAAUUUGUUUCCGUGUCUGCGUUCUUCGGCUGCGAGGACUGAGAGGGAAGCACCGCCAGGCCGAGGCCGGAGGGGCUAUGUGGCGCUGGGUCCGGCAGCAGCUGGGUUUUGACCCACCACAUCAAAGUGAUAAUCGAACUAUUUAUAUUGCAAAUCGUUUCCCCCAGGAUGGUCAUUAUGUUCCUCAGAAAUUUGCAGAAAACAGAAUAGUCUCUUCUAAGUAUACUGUGUGGAAUUUUGUUCCAAAAAAUUUGUUUGAGCAGUUCAGAAGAGUAGCUAACUUUUAUUUUCUUAUUAUAUUUUUGGUUCAGCUUAUGAUAGAUACACCUACAAGUCCAGUUACAAGUGGAUUGCCAUUGUUUUUUGUAAUAACUGUAACAGCAAUAAAGCAGGGAUAUGAAGACUGGUUACGACAUAAAGCAGACAAUGAAGUAAAUGGAGCUCCAGUAUAUGUCGUUCGUAGCGGUGGCCUUGUAAAAACUAGAUCAAAGAAUAUUCGGGUGGGAGAUAUUGUCAGAGUAGCCAAAGAUGAAACUUUCCCUGUUGAUCUUGUACUUCUGUCAUCUGACAGAGCAGAUGGCUCUUGUUACGUUACUACUGCAAGCUUGGACGGAGAAACAAAUCUUAAGACACAUGUUGCAGUCCCAGAAACCGCAGUAUUGCAGUCAGUUGCUAACCUGGACAAACUUGUAGCUGUUAUAGAAUGCCAGCAACCAGAAGCAGAUCUCUACAGAUUUGUUGGACGAAUAACGAUAACUCAACACAUUGAGGAGAUAGUACGACCACUUGGACCCGAAAGUCUUUUACUUCGUGGAGCAAGAUUAAAAAACACAAAAGAAAUUUUUGGUGUUGCAGUAUAUACAGGAAUGGAAACUAAGAUGGCAUUAAAUUAUAAGAGCAAAUCACAGAAACGAUCAGCAGUAGAAAAGUCUAUGAAUUUCUUUUUGAUUAUCUAUCUAAUAAUCCUCCUUGUUGAAGCCAUUGUGAGUACAAUAUUGAAAUAUGCUUGGCAGUCUGAGGAAAAGUGGCAUGAACCUUGGUAUAACCAGCUCACUGAUCAUGAAAGAAAUAGCAGUAAGAUCUUGAGCUUUAUUUCAGAUUUCCUUGCUUUCCUGGUACUUUACAACUUUAUUAUACCCAUUUCACUUUAUGUGACUGUUGAGAUGCAGAAAUUUCUUGGAUCUUUUUUUAUUGGUUGGGAUCUUGAUCUGUAUCAUGAAGAAACAAAUCAGAAGGCACAAGUAAAUACUUCAGACCUCAAUGAGGAGCUGGGACAGGUGGAGUAUGUGUUUACAGAUAAAACUGGUACCUUAACUGAAAAUGUGAUGCAGUUUCGGGAAUGUUCCAUUAAUGGUAUCAAGUACCAAGAAGUCAAUGGCAAACUGGUUCCAGAAGGACUGAUUGAGGAUGUUCCAGAUGGAAUACGGCCUGGCCUGACGCAAGAGGAAGAACUUUUCUUGAAAGCUGUUUGUCUUUGUCAUACAGUGCAGAUUAAUAAUGACCAGACUGAUGGCACAUGUAGCAGUCCUCGUCGUGGCAAUGGCAUAUCAUGUCAGCUGGAGUACUAUGCCUCUUCACCAGAUGAAAAGGCUUUAGUUGAAGCUGCCUGCAGGGCAGGUGUUGUGUUUACUGGAGCAAGUACAGAAAGUAUGGAGCUUAAGAGCUGUGGAAAGCCAGAAAGGUACAAAUUGCUACAUGUUUUGGAGUUUGAUGCAGAUCGCAGAAGAAUGAGUGUAAUUGUAGAAAGUCCAUCAGGGGACAAACUCUUAUUCACCAAAGGAGCAGACUCUAUUAUUCUUCCUCGCAGUAGCAGUGGAGAAAUAGAAAAAACAAGAAUUCACGUGGAUGAAUUUGCUUUGAAAGGAUUAAGGACUCUAUGCAUAGCUUACAGAAAAUUCACACCCAAGGAGUUUCAGGAAGUAGAAAAACGCCUUUUUGAGGCAAAAACUGCCUUACAACAGAGAGAAGAACGGUUGGUAGAGGUGUACAACUUUAUAGAAAGGGACCUGGAAUUACUUGGAGCAACAGGAGUAGAAGACAAACUUCAAGAUAAAGUCCAAGAAACCAUAGAAGCUCUUCGACUGGCAGGUAUCAAAGUGUGGGUCCUCACUGGUGACAAACAUGAAACGGCUGUUAGCGUCAGUUUGUCAUGUGGACACUUCCAUAGAACUAUGAACAUCUUAGAACUGGUUCAGCACAAAUCGGACAGUACGUGUGCCGAGCAGCUGAGGCAGCUAGCCAGGAGAAUAAAGGAGGACCAUGUAAUCCAGCACGGGCUGGUGGUGGAUGGGACCAGCCUUUCUCUGGCACUCAGGCAACAUGAGAAACUCUUCAUGGAAGUUUGUAGGAAUUGCUCUGCAGUACUGUGUUGUCGCAUGGCUCCUCUGCAAAAAGCAAAGGUUGUACGACUGUUGAAAACAUCUCCAGAGAAACCUAUCACAUUAGCAAUUGGUGAUGGGGCUAAUGAUGUAAGCAUGAUACAAGAAGCUCAUGUUGGUAUAGGUAUCAUGGGCAAAGAAGGAAGACAAGCUGUACGAAACAGCGACUAUGCAAUAGCAAGAUUUAAAUAUCUUUCUAAGUUACUUUUUGUCCAUGGUCACCUUUACUAUAUUAGGAUAGCAACCCUUGUACAGUACUUUUUUUAUAAGAAUGUGUGCUUUAUUACACCACAGUUUUUAUAUCAGUUCUUCUGUUUGUUUUCGCAACAAACUCUGUAUGACAGUGUAUACCUGACUUUGUACAACAUAUGUUUCACUUCCCUGCCAGUCCUCAUGUACAGUCUUUUUGAACAGCACGUGCACCCUCAUGUAUUACAUAGCAAGCCAACACUCUAUCGAGACAUCAGUAAAAAUGCUCAUUUGCGCUUUAAACCUUUCCUUUACUGGACCUUCUUGGGUUUUGCUCAUGCAUUUGUUUUCUUCUUUGGCUCAUAUCUUCUGAUGGGGGAAGAUACCUCUUUGCUAGGAAAUGGCCAGAUGUUUGGAAACUGGACGUUUGGUACUCUGGUUUUCACUGUUAUGGUUAUAACAGUUACAAUGAAGAUGGCUUUAGAGACUCAUUUCUGGACAUGGAUAAACCAUUUUGUCACCUGGGGUUCCAUUGCGUUUUACUUUGUAUUCUCCUUGUUCUAUGGUGGAAUUAUCUGGCCAUUUUUGCACACCCAAGACAUGUACUUUGUAUUUGUUCAGUUGCUUUCCAGUGGCUCUGCCUGGUUUGCCAUAAUCAUUAUAGUUGUUACCUGUUUGUUUCCUGAUGUUGUGAAAAAAGUACUGUACAGACACCUACAACCCACAAGUACAGAAAAAACCCAGAUGUACUCCAGCAGAGUUGCUUUAAGUGACGAAUGCAUCGCACUGCAGCCAUUGUCCAGGGCACCGAGUCAGCUGAGCAAAAUUAGCUUGCUGAGACAAACGCAGGUAUCAACUGCUUGGACUCCAUGUGUUGCUUCUCAGCUGGGGAAACAGCAUGCACAUCUCUUAGAAGAAUGUUGGAACGAAUAAUGGGAAGGUGCAGCCCAGCUCGAGUCAACAGAUCAUGGAGCGCUACGGAACCCUUCUAUACCAACGACAGAAGCAUCUUGACGCUGUCCGCAAUGGACUCAAUUACAUGUUGAGACUUUUCUCAUUGUCCUUUGGAAAACCUUGUAUUUGCUCUGACCCUAAGUUAUAAAUAUCUCUAGUAAAUCUUUGGUAACUUGUUCCUCCUCUCCCACACUAAUUCAUAUAAGAAAUUUUUUUCUUCCAUAGAAUGGUAGAAAAGUUUUUUUAAUUCAUGUUUCCACUGGGUUACAUGCCAACAGCUUGGUGAAUAGUUGGCAUUUCAUUUGAGUGUCACUAUGAAGCAAUGACUGGAUGGUUGUACAAAAAAAUUAUUGUCCUUUUAGAAGGUUGUAGCUUCACACUUGUAAGAAAUUGUUCCAGAAACGUCUUUCAUUAAAGCUAUAAUCAAGUUAUGUUAUUUCAGUGGAAACUGUUAGUUUUCCACAAUCAAGUCAGUUAACAAUCAUACCUUGAGAGCCUUUUAAAAAACCAACCUUGAAUUAUUCUUGAAUUAUCUUCAGUUUAACCAAAACUCAAAAAUAUUAUCACUACUUAGGAGGUGGUUCUAUUUUCUCCAUAACUGGAGAACUAAAUCUACCUCUUCGGGUUCUUGAACGUGACAAGUUACAGCAAAUCCUUGGUUUGUAGUCUUGUUCGCCAGCCACACAUGAUUCAAAUUAGUGUGUGGAUGGUUGCUUUUUUUCCCUCAGUAUGUUAUUUAUUUAGUCAUACUGUAUAUCCUCUUGAUGAGAGCACUUAAAGAUUAUUUCUUCCUCCAGAUUCUGCGAGGGCUGCAAAAGUAAUGACAGUACUUGUAGUCUUCUAACACCCAAGGAAUUCCUUUGCGCAUGCUCUUUUUCUCAGUCAAAAACUGCUUGUAUUCCAAACAUGUCAUGAGUGAUUCUGGACACCUAGUAAAAGGUGAUGCAUAACAUGGCAUCAUCUAUUUCAUUUUCCCACUCUAGCUCCGCUUAAUGGCUGCUGUUUGCAAAGGGUAGGGAAAUGUUUCACCAGACAUUACUAGCAUGACAUAGUGUUCCUGCCCUUACCUUGUAACAUCUAGUUUGGGAGUCCCAAUUCCCUUUCCCCUAUGAUGCUUUGAGGGCAGUUUCUCUAGCCAUGUGGGUGGCUAAUUCUGAAAACGAGACAGGGCUUAAAAACUUCACCCUGAAUAUGAAGUUGUGCUACUUUUAGGAAAGCUUCAAAUUAGGAGUGAGAUUACUGAGUCCCAGCCUAAGACCCCAGAUCCCAUUUGAUCAGGAAGCUAAACAGGGUCAGCCCUGGUUAGUACUUGGAUGGGAGACUGCCAGUGAAUCCCAGGUGCUGUACACUGUAUUUCAGAGAAAGGAACUGGCAAAACCACCUCUGAGUAGUCCUUGCCUAAGCAAACCCUAUGAAGUUCAUUAGGUUGCCAUAAGAUGAGAAGCAACUUCAACACACGCAUUAAGCCCACACUGUAGCACGCCAGCACGAUUCCCAUUCAUUUCACCGAAGUUUGCAAAAAGAUCUUGCAAUCCGAUCUUUAAUGUUUCCUUUGCCUUCAUUCCCCACUCCUUUCCAUACCAUCAGUUUAAUCAAUUACUACUUCAUGUCCACUGUUGCCAUUUUGGUUUGUCAUUUCAUUUUGAACAACUUGUUAGAAGAACCUUAUCCAACUCCAAGCAUUUAUUAAAAUCCCUAUUGUACAUGUAUUUUGUUUCUCACUGAAGAGUUAAAGUGUAAGUGUUUUUGUCCACAGAUUCACAGUUCUGAUUUGAAGAUGAACUGACCUAACUUUUUUUUCCAAACUUCCCAUUUGUUCCCCCUCUCUUUCCUCCCCUCCUCAGUGUGUGUAAGGGUACAGAAGAAGCAGGCAUUUAAACAAAUACAGGCGGAAUAUAAGAAUCCAUCUGUCCAAGACAGGUAUAAGUUUCUAAGAAAAGCCAAGCAAAGUGAAGAUUUUGUUUAAUUGUACCAUCUGUUUGUGUGUGUCAAACAGGACUUGGGUCGAACAGAAGCACAGCAAAUAUAUUUUGUAUUGGAUCACAAAUACUUUUAUAAUUUCAUUUUUUUAAAAACAUAGAAUAACCUUUUGUGUAUUUUGGUAACGUGUUAAUGUUUUGUUCCAGGUUCAGUCAUAGGCAGAAGAGUGUGCAAAGCAAAGUGAACCAAAAUGAACCAAGUGUAGGAAUUUGUUGUAAAAUUAAUGAAUUAUAUUAAGCUGCAAAGCAGUAACUGUUGAGAUAAGACAAGAAAAGGGAAGCAGAGUGAUUUUCCUACAGGACUCUUAAGAUUUGGGAUAAGUUCCGUAAGUCAAUCCAAUCCCUGAGCUACAUACAAGGAACUUAAUGUCAAAUUAUUAUUACAUACUGUUGUAUCCCUGACUGAAUUUGUACUGCAAAACCCUUUGCUCAACCCUAAGAGUUUAUUAGUUGAGUGUUGUGGAUGGUCAAUGGUUCUCAACCAUUUGUUCUCCAGAUGUUUUGGACUCUACCUCCCAGAAGUCCCAGCCAUCAUGACCAGUGUUCUAGGAUUUUGGGAGAAGAAGUUAGAAAGCAAACCACUGUCCUAGGUGACACCUUCAUAUCUCAGAGCAGAUGUACUGUAUUUAUUUGUUUUGGUAGGCUUGGUCUGCUGUGUUCUUAAUUCCAGCCUCAUCUUUCCAGAUUUGUAGCACCCUCAUUCUUCUUGUGGUGUAGCUGAAUAUUCUGUAGUAACUCUUCCCUCCCCCCCAACUUUGUGGUGGGCAGAGGCAACUUUUGGGCAAGUUGUGAGAGGGUUGUCCUUUUUUUAAAGCAUUGCUGAUAUAAUUUUAGAUUUUGCCCUCCAUACCUUGACCUAAUUGACAGAAGGGACAGAUGGAAGCCCCCAUCUUCCUUUGAUAAUGAACCCUUGUUUUGUUGUUUUGCAGCACACACAGGUUACAGUUUAACUUUUACUAUGCUGAAGGCCCAUACAAAAUGUCAGGACUUAAGGUCCCAUUGUUUUCAGCAUCCAUAGAGCUAGUUUAGGCUCCACAAAUUGUUCUCCAGGAAAGGAGUCAAAACAUCUUUCAGAAUGUAGCUGCUUGGAGGAGAAGUCUUGGAACCUCACCUGUCCAGAUUCAGAUAGCAUGAUCACAACAAAAUGCCCAAAGAAAGUACCAGCCAAAUUCAAAUGCCCAUUGGGUCAGUCACUUGCUAAGUGAAUCUACAUUUGCAGUACCUCUUGAGAUGUUUAUAAGGGUCUCACUUAAUUUUAUCUGACUUCCAUCCAUUGUCUUAACUACUAAAAUAUAUAUAAGGGUCCUAACUGGAGAGUGAGCAUCAAGGUCAAUCUGUUUUUCAUGAAGAUCGCUUGACAAAUUUUAAUAUGUCCGUAUAUAUGUUGAAGUGAAGUAUAGAAUGUUUUUAAAAUUAUUUCCAUAUUUUUGGGGGGGUGUCUAUAAAACAAGGAGCAGGGAAUAACCAGUUCUGCCUCAUUGUGCUGCCCAUUGAAGAGUUGACCAGUUUCAUCCUGGAGAAAGCUGCAUUUGUAGAUAAAAAAAGUUACAGCCCAAGAAAGAGGAUCUGUAGCAUUUUUAAUCUAGAUUUUCUUUUAGGCUGACUGGAGGGUUGUUUGUUUUUCAAUCCAGGUGUUUUGUGAAGUGCAAUACCCAGAAAUAGUUAACUUGUUCACCAGAAUUUCAAACAUCAUACAGUCGUGGUGUAUGUGCCCAGCAGAGACCCUCGAAAGUAACCUAGCUUUCAGAUUUGUAUCAGUACUGUUGACACUGAAUCUUUGCUCUUUUCAUAAAUUUCCCCCUGUCCACCUUAUCCCUUUUUCAACAUUGUGGAUGGCUUACCCUUAACUCGCCAUGGAUUUGUCAGUGAAGUUGUUUAUGGCGUUGGAUGUUAGCUAUUAUUUCAGCGACUGCUGCUUAUUGAGGAAGAAGAGCAUGUGACCUGGGAAAGUAUUUUUGAUUUCUGACAUUUGUUUUGCUCCAGAAGCUUUGUUACACAGGCUGGGAUUGAGGAGCACAGACAACGCAACACCCCACACUGAAAGCCAUAGGACAGCCCUCAUUCUACACAAUUGUCCCCGCAGCCAUUAGAUUCUUAGUUUCCCUAGGUCUUUGAGUUAGUGCUGUAUCUGUGUUAGCUCUGUGGUAGAGCUCAUGCUUAACUCGUUAGAAGCCCAUUGUUCAACACUUUGAGGUUAUAAUUUGGUGAACUAAGAAUUCCCUUAGAAAACUCCUAAGGUUUCCAUGGAGAAGGAGAGCCUGUAAAGCCAGGAUAUCAACAGUGUGAAUAUAAUCAGAUAGUGAAGGAGAAAGAAGGGCCCUGUACCUGAAAACCUUAGAUCCAGUUACAUUCUGGAAGAUGCACAUGGUUGGUCCUGGCUCUGGGAAAGAGCACAGGUCCAGCCUGGACUACCACCAUGGAAAACAUGAACAACGUUCCAAAGUUUGUCAGUGCUUUAAGAUGUUUGUUUUACUUGCCAGGGUUUUUUAUGAAUGCGUUUUAUGUCCAUGGCAGAUAUAAAACAAUAGAACUGAAGUUGGUGGCUAAAAUAUAUGCAAGAGGUGCUUGGAACUAUGCAGUUGAAGGAUUUAAAGCCUCCCUAUGGCCCUGAUCUGGAGAUGAUUUGGUCAUGCUUAAGGCUCUUUCCUGCUUGGAAAACAUGUCUCAUUUAUGAUGCAGUUACAUCACUAAUUUCAUUGAGACUCAAAGCACACUGCAGUGUAUCACAUUAGAGCCAAAUCUUUGUCUCCAAUUUAAUAAAAGUAAAAAUUGUCCACGCUCACUGUUUUCAGAAUGAAUCCUAUCUUGGAGUUUUUUUAAAGAUGUGGGAUAAAAGGUAUACAUACUCCUUUUUAAGAAUCCAAGGAUUUUUUUCUUUUUAAGUAAGAAUUUCUGAUAGAAGAGACAUGAUUCUUUCUAUACCAAAGACUCUGUCAUAAAACAUGCUUUGUUUAAGGCCCUGUUGGUUGUGCUUCCCUUACUCAUGUGGAGAAAGCCAUUUUGAUUUCCUGUUUUGAACAACAAGUAGGGCUGAGCGCACUUGCUUUUGGAUUUCAUAAAGAGCCCUGAUGAUAACCUUGCAAUGAACAAGGAUUGCACCCCACCUGAGCUGUUUUGACUCAAAUCUGGCAAGAGUUAGACAUUAAAACAGCAUUGCCAUUUGGCAACCAGAGCAAUAAUUGGUUCCAAGAAGUUGACCGCAGGCACUGUGGCUGUCCCUGCCAUCCUUUUUAGACCCUCUGUGGCAACAGAGUUUAAUAUAGUGUGCUUACUGUAUUGCUUUGUCAACAAAUUGUUCUACAUAAGUUUAUGGAAAUUAUAUUUAUUGAAUAAAACUUUGGACUUUUAA